UACGGAACAAGCGUCUCAGGAAAUAACGGAGAUCUGUGCGUCGCUACCUAAGAGACUCCGGAAGGCGGAAGUGAUUGGUUUGCAUGUGAGAGCCGCGUAUAUGUGGACACGGCUGACGCGCAUUCUUUGAAGAAUGACUGUAGCUUGCUGGCUGGAUUUUAGGUCGGGAAUAUUUAAUACCACAUGGUUUUAACAUUCCCCGCUGGUGAACAUGGGAGCGGGUGUUAAAUGUGUCAUCACUGGAGCGAACAUUAAAGCCCUUGGGCGUGCUAUUCACUCCCUCUCAAGAAUCGGAGAAGAGCUAUAUUUUGAGCCUUUGGAUGAUGGGCUCUGCCUGCGUUCAGUCAACUCAUCAAGAUCGGCUUAUGCCUGCUUCAAUUUUACAUCACUCUUCUUCCACAGCUUUGAGGUCACUGGGGGAUCCUGCCACUGCAAGAUCUACAUGAAGUCAGUGGUCAGCGUCUUCCGUUCCUUGCCGUCACUGGAGAAAACUGUGGAAAAAUGCCUUAUAAGUCUGAACACCAACAGUAGUCGUUUGGUGAUCCAGCUGUUCUGCAAAUAUGGUGUAACAAAAACGCACAACCUCUCAUAUCAGGACUGUGAGUCUCUUCAAGCUGUAUACAAUCCAGACACCUGUCCGAAUGUGCUCCGAGCACCUGCAAGGCUGCUUUCAGAUGCUGUUGUGCAUUUUCCAUUGACAUUAGCAGAGGUGACUCUGAUGGCCAGUCCUUGUGGAAAGGUCACACUUAAGAACUAUGUGGAGGAUGAAGUAGAUCCCAGCAAGGCAAUGCUAACAGAGUUGUCCCUAAGCAGAGAGGAAUUCCUGGUGUAUCAGCUGAAGAAGCAGAGUCAGAUCACAUUUUGCUUGCGUGAGUUCAGGGGUCUCCUUGGUUUUGCAGAGUCCAGUUGUCUCCCCAUCUCCAUACACUUCGAUAGCGCCGGAUGUCCAGCAGUAUUUAGCGUGGAUGACACAGUCCUUGAUGUACAUUUUGUCCUCGCCACCUUAUCGGAUACAGAUCAUGGCUUACAGUCUCUUAACCAAAGAGCUGCCUUGCCACAUAAUGAUGAUGAUUUUCUGGGUGAUGACCUUGAUUAUAUGAUUGCUAUGGAAACUACCUUGGCAGGAACUACUUCCCCUCCACCUAGUCCAACCUUCAGCAGCAGGCCACCCCCAAGCCCCAUCCAGGAAGAGCAAGUUGUAUAUUCAGAAUGUGAAGAUGAGGCAGAAAAGGAGGUUCCUGGCACACCCCCUAACAAGAAGUUCAGGUCUUUGUUUUUUGGGUCCGUUCUUCAAAACUCCGGCCAAGCAGCCCAGGAAGUUCUGGCUGAAGACAGUGAUGGAUGAUGUUGCUGAUUCAAUAUUUCAAAAAUUAACUUUCAUUCAUCGAUGUCAUCUGCAACAUAAAGUGCAUUCUCUGGUA